AUGAAAGGCACCGGGGUGCCUGCGCUGCUUCUGCUGCUCCUGGGUCUGACUUGGGCAGAGCCGACCAGCUUGACCAAGAACAUCAGCCUAAGCCAGGCUGAGGCCUUGGAAUUUGCCCUCAACAUCUACAAUGACCAGCCAGAUAACAAUGAGUAUGCUUUCCGUGUCCUGCAAGUUCAACCCCUGCCAGAGUGGGACCCAACAUUAUCAGAACCACAGUUGCUGCAGUUUGUCAUCAAAGAGACGGAGUGCAAGAUGGUAGAGGACCUCACCCCUGAGCACUGUCCCUUCAAGGAUAAUGGGCAAGUAAAGAACUGCGUGGCACUCAUUGGAGUUGGUGCAAAGGGUCUCACUGUGGUACCCACCUGUGAACCUCAAAAGUCUGCAAGGCUGGUACAAGCUCUGAGAGGCCUAAAAAAAUUCUUCAAGAAGCUGAAGGACAAG